AAAAAAGGUCAAAUCAACAUUUUUAUGCCACACAACUCCACGGACGCAUCACGCACCUCUUCUUGAUAUUUGAUACACCCGAACCUCUUCCCCCACAGCAAUCAACACGACGACCACCAUGGCCACGCGGCGGCCCACGCAACACCGCUUUUGUUCCCACCUCGCUGGCGUUGCCGCAACCUUUCUCCUCGCCGCACUCCAUGCGCCGCUCACCCUCGCUCAAGAGCAACCGCCGCCGUGGCUUUCGUGCGGCCCCUCCCCGGUCAGCGGCAACUACACGGAGAACAGCAUCUACCAAGCCAACAUCAAUCGACUGUCUGCCACCCUCCCCAAGAACGCCUCCUCCUCCACCGUCCUCUACGCCACAGACCGCGUCGGCUCCAUCCCCGAUGUCGUCUACGCCCACGCCCUCUGCCGUGGCGACGCCAACGCCUCCGCCUGCGAGAGUUGCGUUGCGACCGCCUUCCUGGGCGCGCAGCAGGGGUGCCCGCUCUUCAAGGACGUCAUGAUCUUCUACGACCUCUGCCAGCUCCGCUUCUCCAACCGGAAUUUCUUCCUGGACAAUGACUACAUCGUCGACACGUACAUCCUGCAGGGCUCCCAGGCCGUGAGCACGCCGGCGGACGCGUUUGACGCCGCCGUCCGCCUGCUCGUCAACGCCACCGCCGACUACACAGCGGAGAACUCGUCCAAGAGAUUCGGCACGGGAGAGGAGGGCUUCGACAAUAGCAACCCCAAGAUUUACGCGCUGUCGCAGUGCACGCCGGACAGGACGGUGGACACCUGCCGCACCUGUCUUAGCACCAUUAUUGGGCAGCUGCCCAACUAUUUCAACGGAAGGAAUGGUGGGGGAGUUUUCGGGGUGUGGUGCAACUUCCGGUAUGAGGUGUAUCCUUUCUUCUCCGGCGGCUCGCUUCUGCAGCUUCCGGAGCUCGUGGCGACGCCGCCAGCACCUGCACCACCGGCGACCAGAAGACAAGACAAAUCGAGAAAUAAGACAGCUAUAGUCCUGCCAAUUGUGAUGCCUAUAGCCGGUGUACUACUGGCCAUAACUGUGACAUGCUUUUGGAGGAGGAGAAGAUCAGCAGCAGAAUCUUUUCCACCUUACUCAAUUAGUUCAGAUGGCAUUCAAAGUGCUGAUAUGCUUAUUCUGGAUCUAUCAACACUACGAGUUGCUACUGAAGACUUUGCCGAAAGCAAAAUGCUCGGUAAAGGAGGGUUUGGUAUAGUUUAUAAGGGAGUCCUACCUGAUGGUCAAGAAAUAGCGGUGAAAAGGCUUUGUCAGAGUUCUAGACAAGGAAUAGGAGAGCUAAAAAGUGAACUAGUUCUGGUUGCUAAGCUUCACCACAAGAAUCUUGUGAGGCUUAUAGGUGUUUGCUUGCAAGAUAAUGAGAAAAUACUUGCCUAUGAAUAUAUGCCCAAUAGAAGCCUUGAUACGAUUCUUUUUGAUUCUGAGAGAAACAGAGAGCUAGAUUGGGGAAAGAGAUUCAAUAUUAUCAAUGGAGUUGCUAGAGGAUUACAAUAUCUCCACGAAGAUUCUCAACUGAAGAUAGUUCACCGGGACCUGAAAGCAAGCAACAUUCUAUUAGACUUCGAUUACGUACCUAAGAUCUCUGACUUCGGCUUAGCAAAGAUUUUUGGAGAAGAUCAAUCAAAAUAUGUCACCCUUCGUGUUGCUGGGACAUAUGGAUACAUGGCACCAGAAUACGCCAUGCGUGGUCAGUAUUCAAUCAAGUCAGACGUGUUUAGCUUCGGUGUGUUGGUUUUAGAGAUUGUCACAGGAAGAAGAAACAGUGGCUCAUUUAACACCGAGCAAGAUGUUGAUCUCUUAAAUCUUGUGUGGGAGCACUGGACCAGGGGAAAUGUCAUCGAGUUGUUCGAUCCAUCUUGGAACGACCAUCCUCCCAUUGAGCAGAUGUUGAAGUGCAUCCACAUCGGGCUACUGUGUGUUCAGAGAAAACCUGCAGCUAGGCCGACAAUGUCGUGGGUAAGCAUCAUGCUUAGCAGCAGCACGGUGCGUCUCCCUUCUCUUUCCAGGCAAGACUUCUUUAUGCAGGAGGUUACUGCGAAUGACAGCUCCAUUUCAGCAACACGGCCAGGAGCUUCAGGGUGCACCGAUAAUUCAGUAGAAAUGUCAUGUAACGAAGCAUCAGUCACUGAGCUCUUGCCAAGAUGAGUAUUGACUGUUCAAGCAGAUUAUUGCCGAAUCAGUUGCGUGCUAGUAUUUCUUUUCUCGUUCUUCGAGAUAAGGCUGAAUUGUCCAUGCAAUUUGUAAAAGUCGUUGUGAUGUUAACGUUAUACGGUACUAUGACAGAGGUACGGUUAGGAAAUAAAUAUGUGAAAGUAAUAGAUCCAUCGAGACAAUGCACGUGAGAUCACACACGACAUCAGAGGAAUGAUAUU